AUGUUCAUAAACCGCUGACUAUUCUCAACCAACCACAAAGACAUCGGUACACUAUAUCUACUAUUCGGCGCCUGAGCUGGCAUAGCAGGCACUGGCCUGAGCCUACUAAUCCGUGCCGAACUGGGUCAACCUGGCACACUAUUAGGAGAUGACCAAAUUUACAACGUAGUUGUCACAGCCCACGCAUUUGUAAUAAUUUUCUUUAUAGUUAUACCAAUUAUGAUUGGCGGGUUCGGAAACUGACUUGUUCCACUAAUAAUCGGAGCCCCUGAUAUGGCCUUUCCUCGAAUAAAUAACAUAAGCUUCUGACUACUUCCUCCCUCCUUCCUACUACUAUUAGCAUCCUCCAUGGUAGAAGCAGGGGCAGGAACAGGUUGGACCGUCUAUCCCCCUUUAGCCGGAAAUUUAGCCCAUGCUGGAGCCUCUGUAGAUCUUACAAUUUUCUCCCUCCACCUAGCCGGAGUCUCCUCUAUUCUAGGUGCAAUCAACUUCAUUACCACCAUCAUCAACAUGAAACCACCCGCUAUAUCUCAGUAUCAAACCCCACUGUUUGUCUGAUCAGUCCUAAUCACGGCUGUGCUACUUCUACUCUCCCUACCUGUUUUAGCAGCAGGUAUUACUAUGCUACUCACAGAUCGAAACCUAAAUACCACCUUCUUUGACCCUGCAGGAGGAGGCGACCCUGUCCUUUAUCAACACCUAUUCUGAUUCUUCGGACACCCCGAAGUAUACAUCCUGAUCCUCCCCGGCUUCGGAAUAAUCUCGCACAUUGUAACAUACUACUCCGGAAAAAAAGAACCUUUUGGGUACAUAGGCAUAGUCUGAGCUAUAAUAUCCAUCGGGUUCCUAGGAUUUAUUGUAUGAGCCCAUCACAUAUUUACAGUAGGUAUAGACGUUGACACCCGAGCAUACUUCACAUCCGCCACUAUAAUUAUCGCCAUCCCCACAGGAGUAAAAGUAUUCAGCUGACUAGCAACACUGCAUGGAGGGAACAUCAAAUGGUCCCCUGCUAUGAUGUGAGCCCUAGGCUUUAUUUUCCUAUUCACAGUGGGUGGCCUAACAGGUAUUGUUUUAGCCAACUCAUCCCUAGACAUCGUCCUUCACGACACCUAUUACGUAGUAGCCCAUUUCCAUUACGUGCUCUCAAUAGGCGCCGUCUUCGCUAUCAUAGGAGGCUUCGUACACUGAUUCCCACUAUUUUCAGGAUAUACACUCAAUGACACAUGAGCAAAAAUCCACUUCGUAAUCAUGUUCGUGGGGGUCAAUCUAACUUUCUUCCCACAGCAUUUCUUAGGCCUAUCCGGAAUGCCCCGACGAUACUCCGACUACCCAGACGCCUAUACAACAUGAAACACUAUCUCCUCAAUAGGUUCUUUUAUCUCACUAACAGCUGUAGUACUAAUAGUGUUUAUCAUUUGAGAGGCAUUUGUCUCCAAACGAGAAGUCUUGGCUGUAGAUCUAACUACAACCAACUUAGAGUGACUAAACGGGUGCCCUCCACCAUACCACACAUUUGAAGAGCCCGCAUACGUGAACUUAACUAGCC